CACAGUCAGCCGUGUGUGCGCGCGUCAGCGUGAGUGUGGUUGCCUAGUGCGCGUAUAAAAAAGGCCAUGCGCUUCUGCUCACAUGGUCAGGCAUACAUAGAGCCCUGAGCGAAGGCCUCUCCCCGCCGCGGACGGACUGCAGGCUCCAAGAAACACGAGGGGAGGAUCGAUCCAGGGGUCUAGUUAAGCGUUAACAACCUCUCGUUUCCACCAUACGUACAGUAGCUUUUCGUCCGGGAGAAGCAAGCAAAGCAAGCUCUGGCUUCCUGGGGCCGGCCAGUCGAGGUGUUUGCAUCGAUCGUCGUCGCACGCAGGAAGAAGCUCCAAUGUUGCGCGAGAGAUGGCAGGGAUGCGUUUUUAUCCUCGUCCUUCUUCUUCUCUCCAACGCGGCGUCAGGCACUUCUCUGGGGGACAACACGAUGCUCCCCACGGAGACGGAGGAUUCUCCGUCAGACUUGGCGAAGAUCGUGCAGUCGUCUAAGCAGACCAAGCAGGCGCGCGUGUGCGGCGGAGCAGACCACCGGCUGCUGCGGUCACUCGCCAACACCGGAGCGGAGGUCAUGGUCACCGUCCCCAACUCGCGGCUGCAGCACAUGGCCGAGUUCCGGGAGGAGGCCCGGCUCUGGGUCGCCGCCAACGUGGCGCCGUUCCUCCCGGCGACCAUGAUCACACACGUCCUGGCGGGAGACGACGCCCUGUCGUCCAGCUCCGGCUCCCCCGGCGACGCCCACUCGCUGGUCCCCGCCAUGCUCAACCUCCACGCCGCGCUCGCCGCCGCCCGCCUCGACGGCCGCGUCAGGGUGUCCACCGCGCUGUCGUCGGUGCCGCUCGCCCCGUCCUGGUCCGCCGCCGUCGCGGGGCUCGUCCUGCGGUUCCUGAGCGAGACCGGCUCGCCGCUCUUCCUCAAGCAGGCUCGCGCGCGGGAGGCCACCGACGACGACGCCAGAGUCGGCGACGCGUACGCCGCGAUGCGGGCGCUCGGCUUCUCGGGCGUCCCGCUGAUCGCGGCCGAGUUGGAGCUCGACGGCGCGCUGGUGUACCACAGCUACUUGCAUCAUGCUGCCGGUGGAGGCGGCGGGAGGCGGUCGCUGGCGUCGGGGACGUUCUGCGUGGCGCUGCAGAACGCGGACCCGACGGCGCUGCAGGCGGGGCUGAGCUGGGCGUGCGGGCAGGGCCAGGCCGACUGCUCGGCGAUACAGCCCGGCGGGGCCUGCUACAAGCAGAACAACCUGGCGGCGCUGGCCUCCUACGCCUACAACGACUACUACCAGAAGGGCUCCAGCACCGGCGCCACCUGCUCCUUCAAUGGCACCGCCACGACCACCACCACCGAUCCCAGCUCAGGAUCGUGCGUCUUCGCAGGAAGCACCAUGGCGGGGGGCUCCAACUCGACCGUGCCGAGCGCCAGCCCGCCGACGAGCCUCGCCCCUCCGUCGGGUGGCCUCACGCCUCCGGUCGGCUCGAGCCCUCCGUCCGACUUCGGGCCCCCUCCGACCGGCUUCGGCCCUCCCGCGAGUGGCUUCGGUCCCCCGUCUGGGUUCGGCCCACCGUCUGGCUUCGGUCCCCCGUCGGCGUUCGGCCCGCCCGGGAGCUUCAACGGGAGCGGGACCUUCGGGCCCAGCGGCACCCUCGAGCCUUACGGCAUGGGGUGCCGCCACGUCGCCUCUUUGGCUGCCUCCACUCUUGUGUCCGCCAUUGUUCUUGCCGUUCUCGUCGCGUCGCCCGAUCUGAUGUAAAUUAUGUGAGUGUGAAUUUGAAUUAGCUAUAGAGAGGAGAGCUCACGUUGUUGUUAGAUCACGCCCGUUCUUGUCGCGUCGGCCGACAACUCCAUAGUAACAUGUAAUAGCAGCGUUGUAAAAUACAAUACAGUCAGAAUAAUAUUGUAAUACGAUAUACAGUGGGCAUAUUGAUGAAAUUGUUCAGACAA